GUGCUAGACACUGAGGUUAGGAUGGGAUAAACAAACAACAAACUAAUUAAUUAAAUAUUAUUAUUCUGUUUAGCGAUUGAUUUUGAAGGAUGGUAUGAUCGAAGGGUGAUUUGAUCAAAUGACUCUAAGAACAGAAAUGCUGUGGAAACCAUGGAGCUGGCUGUAUGUGGUCUGUUUCUUGGAUUUGUUUGGUGCAAGUUUGAUCAUGCCAAUGUUCAGUGCCCAUCUCCGCUCUCUGGGAGUCUCACACACUGAUAUCGGCCUGCUCAGUUCCAUUUACGGAGCCACACAGCUCAUCUCAGGACCUGUCAUUGGUAGUUGGAGCGACAUCAAUGGUCGUAGUCAAAUCUUGUGUUUGUCUAUGAUAAUUUGUUCGGUAGCUUACGGUUUGAUGGGUAUAAUCUCGUCAUUUGCCCAGUUCUUCUUUAUCCGAUGUGUUCUUGGAUCCUUUAAACAUACACAGACUCUGUCUAGAGCCUUCAUAUCCGAUAUUGUACCUGAAGAGAAACAAGCUUCUGUCCACGGAAUCAUGAAUGCUUUCACAUCAUUUUCAUUCACCAUCGGUCCUGUAAUCAGUGGGCAUAUGAUGGAAAUGGAAAAUGGAUUCCUGAAUUUAACCAGAACAGUUAUGUUAAUAUUUAUUUUGAACACAACAGUAGUGUAUAUUUUUGCUAAUAAAACUGACAAGUCUUUUAGCAAAGAAAGUUAUUCAGAGAGAAGGAAGCUAUAUGAAGACAUUGUUCUUGUUUUUAAAGAAUUAUAUAACAUUAAGUGGACAAGUUUCUGGGCUUUGUUCAGUGUAAAGUUUUUAUUCGCUUUGACAGGAAUGUUAUUUUUUCAAAACAUGGGUGUUAUUUUAACCGAAAACUUUGAAAUAUCCCACAAGUCUAUGGGAUAUACAAUAUCUUUUUAUGGUUUUGUGUCUGUUUUAUGUAACUUGGGCGUGGGACAAAUCAAGCACUCAGGCUUUUUACCAAAGUCCAAUCUAAAAAGCCUAACUUACACUUUUUUCAUGAUGGCUGUUACUUUUUGUUUAUUGUAUGUUACAAAUAGUUACCAAAUCUUUGUGUUGGGAAUUAUUCCUCUGUCUUCUAGUCAUGCCCUGACACGGAUAUUGUUGACUGAAGUAUUGCUAGAACAGUCGGAUGCGUCUUGUGUUGGGUCGGUGGUAGGGGCCUCAAGUAGUAUCACGUCUAUUGCCCGUAUUCUAGUUCCGUUCAUCUCCGGACUCAUCAUAUCCUGGGGAGGGGUUUCAUGCGCUCUUUUGGUCUCAUCCGUGAUAGCAUUUGGUGCUUGUCUGUUAACUGUUCUCUAUACUCAGACUACUGAUAAGUCUCUCAAGCCAUCUUCAGACUAAAAUCUACUUCCCUGCCAACAAUAAGUCAACUCAAAUUAAUUUAUAAAUUAUGUUACCAAACAAAAUAAAUGGGGGGAUUAAUUCAAAUUAACUCAAAUGUUUAGUCAUGUAGUCUGUCAAAUUUUAAGGGCAGGAUCACUUACUUUAGAUUAAAAACAUCACUGUAUACCUUUUUGGUGGUACAGAGAAGGUUCUUAAUAAAAUAGCAGUGUGAGCAAAUAAUCUGUAUCAUUCGUACCCCAAUAAAUCACUGGGUACUUUAAAAUUAUAUGAUCAUGUUCUUAGGUAAUUAUUGUUCUGU